AAAGAAAAUAGCUAAAGCUAUGCGAAAUCGUAACGUAAAGAGAGCUGUCAUUAGUCAAAUUUAUAGUUCUUUUUUUCUUCCCUAGAUUCCAAUUGUAUUAUUUGAUGAGACAGGGCGUAAAUCAUCAACAUCUACUAUUGAUUCGAGCACUAUCACUUGUGAGUCCACUACCGGCGAUCAAGUUCAACUGCUUCAAAUUGCAGUAGAUAAAGCAAAUCCAAAUAAAUUUGUUUUAAAAGCUGUAGAUCGAAUAUUCAAACAGAGAAAAGAACUUUUUCAUUCAUCCUCGAUCGAUACAGAUGAUAGAAUUAAAGCUAUUCGAGUAAAAUUUGGUUUAACAAAUGAUGAGCUGGCAACAGUUUGGAUGCCGAUGCUGGAAUGCAUCAAGUCUAAGCGAAGAAAUUUAAAAGGUAAACUACGCAAUACAACUACAUCAAGGAGUUUCUUUCCCGAAAAAUUCUAA